AUGUCGAGCAACAAGGAAGUGGUCCUGAUCACAGGUGGAAACACCGGUCUCGGACUCGAGGCCGUCAAAGCGUUGUACAAGUCCAAGUCCGCCUACGAGAUCGUCAUCGGCAGCAGAGACCCGAAGAAGGGCGAGGAUGCAGUGUCUCGAGUCGAAGCAGAGGUGUCAGACAGCCCAAGCUCGUUGUCCGUCAUUCAAGUCGACAUCUCCUCGGACGACUCUAUCACUAAGGCACGAGAUGAGAUCCAGUCUCGCUUCGGACGGCUCGAUGUCCUCCUAAACAACGCUGGUGCCGGCUUCGACAGCCAAAGCGCAGAGAAGAAGAUGACCACAAGAGAGGCGUGGAAUGCAUCUUGGGACACCAACGUUGCCGGAACUCAAGUGAUCACCGAGGAGUUCAUCCCACUGCUGCUCAAGGCUUCCAAGCCGAGAAUUCUCUUCGUCACCAGCGGCACGUCUACGCUCACGGAAACUGAGCAAACCCACACUGCCAACCUCAAGCGCAUCAACACCUCUCCGCCGGCUGGUUGGCCGAAAGAAAACACCUUCACAGUCACAUCGUACAGAUCAGCCAAGACUGGACUGAACAUGGCCAUGCGCGAGUGGCACAGGAUCCUGGGCAACGACGGCGUCAAAGUCUUUUCCAUCUCGCCGGGAUUCCUGGCCACCGGGUUGGGAGGAGUUGGAGUGGAGAAGUUGAAGAAGAUGGGUGCUGGAGAUCCUUCUCUGGGAGGUGAGUUCAUGAAGGAUGUUAUCGAAGGCAAGCGAGAUCAGGAUGCCGGCAAGGUCAUCAGGUCGGAUGAGAUUCAGCCUUGGUAG